CACCUGUUAAAAAUUGCUUGCGUUGUAGCAGCAGUAUUUUUAAAAAAUAGUCGGCAAAUGUGUGAAAAUGGUAAAUAAAGAUCAGGUGAAAAGGGACACAAAAGAAUUGUGCAAAAAUGAUAAGUAUUCAAUUCUACUUCCUACCUAUAAUGAAGUGGAGAAUUUACCGAUAAUAAUAUGGCUUAUUGUGAAAUAUAUGGAAGAGAGCGAGCUCGCCUACGAAAUAAUCGUGAUAGAUGAUGGUUCACCAGAUGGUACUUUGGAUAUGGCUAAACAGCUGCAACGACUUUAUGGAGAGGAUAAAAUAGUUUUAAAGCCCAGAGAGAAAAAAUUGGGAUUGGGAACUGCUUACGUGCAUGGAAUGAAAUAUGCAACAGGAAACUUUAUUGUCAUCAUGGAUUCUGAUUUGUCCCAUCAUCCAAAAUUUAUUCCAAAAAUGGUUGAAUUGCAACGAUAUCUGGAUUUAGAUAUAGUUAGUGGUACAAGAUAUAAACAAGGCGGUGGUGUUUACGGCUGGGAUUUCAAGAGGAAGUUAGUCAGUAGAGGUGCAAAUUUUCUAACUCAGAUUUUGCUGAGACCUGGUGCAAGUGAUUUGACUGGUAGUUUUAGACUUUACAAAAAGGAUGUACUGAAAAAGUUGGUAUCAUCUUGUAUGUCUAAAGGAUAUGCAUUCCAAAUGGAAAUGAUAAUUAAGGCUAGACAAUUCAAUUAUACAAUAGGAGAAGUUCCAAUUACAUUUGUUGACAGAGUCUAUGGUCAAUCUAAAUUUGGUGGAACAGAAAUUUUUCAAUUUGCAAGGAAUCUUUUAUAUCUUUUUGCUACUACGUGAAACUGAGCAUUUUCUCUUAGGAAUAAAAUAAUUUAAAUUUUUAAAUAAUCUUUCCAGCUAAAUAUUUAGUUUAGUUUAUACUAAGUAAGCGUCUAAAUAUGCAACUUAUAUAUAUAUAUAUAUAUAUAUA